UUUGCAGCGAGUUGGUUUUGCGACAUUGCAUUGGAAGUGUGUGAAGGGGCCUAACGUUCCAUUUGAACUGCAGUUCUACACCCAGUCAACGGUAGAAACGGAUGAUGGCGAUGGUGACUAACCGACUUGGGUGUUUGCCAGUUCUUGUUUUGCUUCUGACUUUGAGCAGUUUGGUCACGUCAAGAUUUCUUCGGACCAAAAGACAAAUUAAUCACAACGAGACAUUGAUAAACACCACCGAAACACACAGUACACCCACCGUAGCUCGAGCAGAGAAUGCAACAAGCACCACUGUGGAAACUUCGAAGGCUUCGAGUACAUUACAGACAGAAACUGUAAUGCCUGAUUUAAAUAUCUCCGCAACUACAGAUAAGCACCAUGCUCCAGAUUUCAACCACACCCAACAAACCUACACUGCAGAAACCGAGAACCUGACAGUCCACCGGUCAACAAAUAACAAGAGUGCUUUUCACACCCAACCUUCCACAAUCAAUAGUACUGGACACAUUUCACAUGCAGGAAGUUCUGCGCCCACAUUUCCUGCGUCGCUGGACCCCGGUAAGGUAACAAAGCAGCACACGACAGCAGCAGUGACGACAGGAUUGUCCACAGAUAGCUCUACCAUCAUUAAGAAAUCAACCACAGCAACGACCCACUCAUGUCCAACUGCCUCUUCCCAAGGGGGUGGACUUGUGAGUCGUUGCCUCAUCGCCAUUGCCUCGAUGGCUGCGUUGACCACCAUCUUUAUCAUUAGUACCAUCUGCCUGGCUACCAAACUCUCUGUAUACAGAUACAAACAUAAGGCGCAUCUUCUUCAGGAAACUGAGAUGGUCUGCAUUUCUGCCCUGAUGAACGAUACCGAUCACCCGGUUCCGAAGCCAAGACAUCCCAAAAGUAACGGAGCGUUGAUCCCCAAUGCUGAGGAUGGAGAUCCUGACGGAGAUAAUCUCACUCUAAACAGCUUUCUUCCUGAUACCGAGGGCCCUCUUUAGAAGUUUAGACCUGGAUGCACUGAGAAACAGCGUGCAACAUGGGAUUUUUUUUUUUUUGCUCUCAAACAUUAAAUGACCCAAACCCAGCUGUAGAAUGGGUUGCACUGUCAGUACAAUCCUCAGUUUAUCUGAGGUACAGGUUUAUCAGUUUUCUGACUCAAUGAAAUUCUUUGCAAUUGCUUUUAAAACAACCAUUUUAUGAUUUGCUGUACGAUAAUCCACAUCUUUUAUUUAAUCAGUGGAGCAUUUAAUUGUUUUUGUAAGUGUAAAAAGGUUUGAAUGUUUUAUUUAAUUUCUUUGAAACAUUGUACCGUGUUCUCUGAGGAGCUCAGGAAUUAGUAGGGCUUGGCAGAAUGUAUGCUGAAUAUAGUCUGUGGUUCAGCUAGCGCUGUAUAAUUUACUAAAACGGAGUGAUGUUGGAGAUUGUCACAGUCUGAAUAUAACAUG